AUUUGACAUUUCUACUUAACUGAUUCCCGUCAAAUGAUUCCAAUAUUUCUCAAUCUUUUUCUCCUCCUGCCUAUCUAUUGUACUGAAUCUCAAUUUGAUAAGCUAUAUUUUAGGAGUGAUGUAUGUAACAACCAACAAAAACUUCCAGGAAUAUAUCCUUGUUAUAAAUCAACUUGCGUUGAUAUAGGAUGCGGUAAGAGGUUGGUUCUCUCUCUCUCUCUCUUUGCUAUUAUUUUCUAUCCAUUUUUCCUUUACGUUGUAUCUUAUGUUUUCCAUCUCAACUAUAGCUCUCAAUUCUGCUCUUGCGACAUUGAUUGUAUAUACGGCUAUAGAUGUUGCAUAGAUUUCAAUCAAACUUGUCCAAAUAUAUCAAGAACUGCCUACUCAAAUGAAAAUAAGAAAUAUCUUAAUGUAACAGAAUGUUAUGAAACCGAAAGAAAACAUUUUCCAAUGGUAACAAAAUGCUCCAAUCUAAUUAAUUGUCCCUCUCAUAGAAAAAUUAUUGAUUAUAUACCAGUUGUCUAUAAUUUUACAAGACCAUUACUUUUUUUGAAUUAUGAUUGCGCCCUUUGCAAUGGAAUUAAGGAUAUUGAUUUAUUAGAAUUUAAAAUUGAACUCUUUAAUCGAAAGGAAAUUAGAAAUCGAAAUUACUCUUGGUCAGAUUUGAAUUUUCUCUUUAAAAAUAAACUUAAGGAUAUCAGUUUUAAUAUAUACUUUCCAGAAAUAACUCAAUGCAGAACUAGAAUGGAAUGUUUAAAUUGUUCAAAUAAUAGAUUAAAGGAUUCUUGCGGAACAUUUCAAAUGCUUAUCUCUCAUCGAAAGCAUGUUUUUAGAAAUCCGUAUUGUUUUAUAUGCCAAAGUCUUCAACCUAUAUUUGCUUUGGCAGAUUGCGAUUUAAGUGAAAUUUUACCUUCUAGUCCUACUCUAGGGUUCAGAUAUGACUUUAUGUUUAACAUUCUAUUGAAUUCUGAUAGUAAGGAAUGCGAUGAUGGUGAAAUCUUCUUUGAAAUUGACAACGAUUGCAAAUACGUUAUAUCUAAAAUUGCCUUAAUUGAUAAGAUAAUACCUAAAAUUUGUCUUCUCCAAGUUAGUACUGUUAGUGAAGAGUAUACGGAUUAUUGUAGUUCUUUGAAUAAUAAUGAAAAUGAUAGAAAAAUCAUAUUUGAAUAUGUAGAAAAUGAAAUUAAGAAUGAGAUAAUUUCAUUUAAACAUUUCACAUUUCAUUUCAAGAAUUUUACUUCUGAUUCAACGUCCUAUUGUUCUCUUCACGUCAAGAUUUACGUUGAUCAAGGACUGUUAAAAUUCUGUCGUGGUUAUUACACAUCAUAUGACGAUAUUAUUGAACUAAGCCAUGUUAAUAUUACUUUGAGCAUUUCUCCUGUUGUGUCCGAAGAUGACGAAAUGAGAAAAAAACUAGAAGAGACAAUGUGCUCUGAAUACGUAGAAUAUAAGGAUAGGCAAUUGACUUCGCAGUAUAAUCAGUCGUUUUAUGCCAGUAAUAAUACUUAUGUCUGCAAGUCUGAAGUAUUAGACAAAAUACGAAGAGAUGCAAAAGAGAAUGACAAUAAAUUUGAUUAUUUAACGAUUAUUGGAUUGUGUUGCUUGAUUUUAUCCGAACUUGCUCUCAUAUUUUUCUUAAUAGCUUCUAUUUAUAAACGUUCCAUUCAGAAGAGAGGAAGUGGGCUACAAUGGAACUUAGCUUUGGCUCUAUUUUUAUGGUUGUUUUGCACUAUAUGUUCAGUAUUCGUUCGUGACUGGAAAUUACUUUGUCAAAUAGUUGCCUCAUCCGGUCACCUAUUGCUUCUGUCAGUAAUAGUUUGGCAGAAUGUCAUUGCGGUCGAUUUGUUUUUAAAUUUUAGAGAAAAAUCAUUACUACAAAAGAGUUGGUUUAGUUCAUGCAAAGUUUGGAAAAUAGCAAUUUUCGUUUACCUCUUUUCCUUCUUAUUUGUUGCGGCGGGAAUUCUUUUACAUAACCUUGAUUUAAAAGGAAAAGGAAAGGUAUUCUACGGCAGUGAAAGUAGAGGAAAUUGCUGGAUUAGUGGAUUUACGGGGCAAAUAGGCCUAGUUAUUAUACCUUUUUUCACAAUAUGGACAAUCAAUUGCAUUCUCUUGGGAAUAACUAUUUUUAAUAUGAAUAAAUUAUUUAAAAACUCACCUGGAGCAAAGGUGAAAAAUAGCAAGGAGAUAAUGAUAUAUGUAAAACUAUCUAUACUUUUAGGGUUGUCAUGGAUACUUAGCUUUUUAAGUUCUUUGAUCAAUCACGAUGUAAUAAUAUUUUGUAAUAUUAUAAUUAAUUCUCUACAAGGCGUUUGGUUGGUAGUAUCAGUAUAUAGUUUUAAAACUUCGUCUACAUCAAGAAAUCCAUCUACAACAUAUACUAUCAAAUAAGCUUCUUCUAGGAAGAAUGAUUCGAUUUCUAUACAUUAACACUAAUGCCUUUCCAGCUGAACUGAUAUACAAAAAAAAGUCUAUUCUUAAGCGUUAAUUACUAUAAGAGAAAUUAUUAAAAAUAUUGAUAACCCUUUUUGAUGGUUAAACCGGGUUAUCUUUUGGAGAUGGAUACGUUUAAACUAAAUUAAAAUAACGAGAAAUAUUGAUGAAAUACCCUACGUAUUCCAAUAGGAUUUCUGGUGACAACAGAUUGGCUAUUAAUAUGUUGUUUUAUAUAUACAGUAUGCACUAUAUAUUCACAUUUUUUUAAUAUUUCUUUCACUUUGUAACACUUUUAAUAAAAGAAAAACCCUUAACAAGCUUUAUUGUUAAAAAGUGAAUAGAGUAAUUUAGAUGCCAGCAUAAAUUAUUUUCAAACAUUUCAAACCAGCGUUAUUGAAAUUAGUCACAUACAUCUUCAUAAAUUAUAGCGUCUUUUUAGUCUAUAUCGCAAAUCAUGCUACACUUGGCUAGUAAAUUAAUCUUUUACUUCUCUCUAUAUUUACGAGUAAAGUUUGGCUAUGUUUACGCUUUUAACGAUUCGUUGGAUGGUUCAAGACAAUAUUCUCCAUCAGACCAUGACAACUAUUUAGGUAAUGAUAAUCAGCAGUGUUUAGAUCAUACUAUACUUCAUUAUGAAUGCGGUUUUCGUUCCUGUCAAUUUGUAUUUUGCGGUAAGAAGUUUCCAAGUGACCAGGCAUGUGCUUGCGAUAAAUAUUGUGAAAAGUUCAACGAUUGUUGUUUCGAUGCGCAUAAAUACUGCAAUAAAGAAUCUGAUAGUUUCGACUACGAACGAUAUUUUGAAAUAUAUAAAGAUCGUUAUACGUGCGAAAAGAUUUCCGAUUAUAGUUACUGGAUGGUUACAAAAUGUUCCAAUGGUGAUGAAUGCAGUUUGGAUGCGAAAAGGCUUUUAGAUGAAAUUCCUGUUCUGGGAAAUGAAAUGGAUAUUUUACCUUAUAGAAAUGAUAAAUGUGCUUUUUGUAAUAGUGUUUUUAACAUAACACCUUUUAAUUUUGAAGCUUUUGUUGAAUACGAUAAUGAAGCCGAACCUCGGCCGAAUUAUACUUUGGACGAUAUUAAAUAUUUAUAUAGCUCCAAGUUAGCAAAAGUUAAUUUAGUUAUAGAAGCGAAGGGCGAUGUUAAACAGUGCAUUAAAGAUCUCAUUGAUACAUGUCCUAGCAAUUGUCCAAACCUGGCUUGGUAUAUUCUAUGCAGAUCUUACCAUUCAGUUGUACAGUUUAACGAUAGUGGAAUAAUAAGAUACUAUAAGAAUAAGUAUUGUUAUUUUUGCAACAAUGGAGAAGACUCCCAUUACGGAUGUUUGUCUGGUUUUAGCAUUACAGACAAAUUUUUAAAAACCUACAGAUACAAUUUUCUCUUUGAAGAGAUCAAAAGAGAAAAUGAUAAUAGAGAAAACAGCGAUAGCAGCGAAACUUGUCCAGAAAAUUAUGCUUAUAUAUCUGCUGAUAAGGCUUGUCGGAAAAUUAUAAAGAAACAUGCACUUUACGAUUUACUAAAACCGAAUAUUUGUUCUUUUACAAUAACUUUUCAAUUGAAUUUAACAAAAUUGGAAUCGAUUUCGAAAGAAAAUCUCCAAAAUCAAUUUGAUAUCUUAAUUCAAGAUACUUUUUUAGAAAUAUCAACAUUAUUGAAUGAUUUAAAAAUAACUUUAAAACCAGUAAAAUCUACUGAAAACUGUUAUGAUAUUGCUGACAAUUUCUAUACAAAUGGGAAUAAUACAACAAACUGUACUAGCUAUUUAAUAAUUCCAAGAUAUCUUGAAUGCAACAAUUCAAUUCUUAUUAACAUUUCGGAAACUAUUAAUAGCAGUACCACAUCUUUAAGCAAUAUUAGAGAGGUGAAAAAUAAACUGCAAAAGUACACAAUAACUUUGGGUAUGAUGUGCGAAAAUUACAUAGAAUUUAUAGGUGACAAACCUAAAUAUUUAUCAAAAUCAUUCAAUCAAUUUACAAAGGAUAAUACUACAUACUUCUGUAGAGAAGAGUUAACUUUUCCGUCAAUGACGGUAGAAGAAAAUGAUGACAGUAAAAUAGAUAUUGUCGGUCUAUUCGGUUUAGUUUGCAACUCUUUAUCAUUAGUUUCAUUGCUUGUGCGAUUGAUUGUUCCUUGCUUUCUACCGAAAUUAAGAACAAAAGGUAUGUGGAUUCAAUGGAAUUUGGCAUUGGCUAUAUUUAUUUGGCAAACUUCAAUUCUCCUUUCUCCCCUAUUAACAUCGUGGAUUUGGGUUUGUCGUUCUAUUGCAGUUUUGGGUCAUCUUUCAAUGAUUUCUUCAAUGUCUUGGCAAAGUAUCUUAGCUAUUGAUAUGUUCUUUAAGUUUCGCGAAAAAAGUAUGAUAGAUUUAUCAAAAUUCUCCGAUCUACAAGUGUGGAAGUUUUUUCUCUUAGCAUGGGGAUUAGCUUGUCUACCAGUUAUCGUUAGCAUUACUCUUGCAAUAACAAAACCGGAAGAUGCUAUUUAUGGAAUUGAUCAAAAUAAAAGUGAAUAUAAAGAUAGAUGCUGGAUUUAUGGAUUUUUUGGUCAGGUCAUUCUAUUAAUUUUACCAAUCGUUAUACUAUUAUUAAUAAAUACGGGCAUGUUAGUAACGACAAUACGUAAUUUGCAUAUAAUGCUAAAGAAUUCACCGGCAAAUUCAAAAACAUCAAUGAAAUCGCAAGUCAUAAUAUUUACUAAACUAUCAAUCUUUUUUGGAAUCUCUUGGUUUGCAAUGUUCAUUUCGGCCUAUGUAGAUCACGAUGCGAUAACAAUUGUUAACAUAUUAGCUAACGUAUGCAUUGGAAUAUGGCUAUCCAUGACGGCAUUGGUAAGUAGAGACGUUUGGAAGAGGAAAAUGAGCGCUUCUGAAACAUAUCUGUCAGAUAGGCAAAGUAAGAGGCCAAGAAGCCAAUCGUAAUAUGACAUAAUCUACUUUUAUUCCGUUUGAAUUAUUCAACAUUUACUGUUAAUGUUGUGCUUUCAAUAAAUCAUUUUUUAAUGUUUACUUUAACUUCAAAUUUAGAGCAAAU